CUCUUCUAUCUUCUCCUCCAUCGAUAAACCCCUAAUCGUUGCUGCUUUUUUGUUCCUUGAGUGAGACAGUGAGCGUGAGAGUUUCAUUUAUCAGAGAGGAACUAAGAAAAUACCACCACCACUACUUUCUUCAGCACCGCCACGGCUGAAGAAAUUUAAUCAAUUGGAAGUGCAAUGAAAGGAGGAAGAAAGAACUUGAAGAGAGCAGCUGAAGAACAAGGGCUGACCUUACAAAAAGAUCAAUGUGUUAUGCAAGUCGUAUCUCUACGAGGAUCUAACUCCAUUGAGGUAUUAGAUGCAAAUGGUAAGAAACUGCUUGCACUCUUUCCUGCCAAAUUUCAGAAGAGUAUGUGGAUUAAGCGAGGAAGCUUUGUUGUGGUUGACGCAGGACGGAUAGACGAAGCGAUUGAAGCCGGUAGUAAGGUGGCUUGUAUUGUUACACAAGUUCUAUUCUAUGAACAAGUUCGUCUACUACAGAAAUCUCCAGAUUGGCCAGAGAUCUUCAAAGUAACAGGUACAGAAGAAUCAAAUGCCCAUCCACAAGUAUCCAAUUCCCAAGCUGCUGAGGAACUGAACUCCAGCGAAGACGAGGAUGGACUUCCUCCUUUAGAAGCCAAUACAAACAGAAUUAGGCCUAUUGAGUUGGAUCCAGAAGCAGAUUCAGAAUCAGAGUCGGAUUAAGAUUUAGAUUCCUAAACUAGGAGACGGGAGUUUCCAACCCACUGAAAAGGGAAACUUUGACAUAUCUGAAGUUGAUUGUGCUAUUAUGUUCUACUGAGGUAGGUAGGACAUAGGGAUUAGUUGCUGCAUAUGCUCGAGUGAGGGUUUGCAGAUAUGUCAAGAUAACAUCCCUGACAAUCAACAAGAGUCUGAAGUAGAUAUUGGGUUUUGCAUCAAUUCUCUGGAGUGGUCUUCCAUGUACCCACAAAAUCGCUUCAUAAUUACAUUGCCAUGUGCACAUUUUUGAGUUCUAUUUGCUCAGCGCUGGUGUUGUUUAGAAUUAUUUCUGCACAUUGUUCUCUACUAUUACUAAUGGAUAGACCCAGUAUCAUCGAUGAGUGGUCAUUUAUUUCGCA